UAUAACUGAAUUAGUUUGUUACAAUAUAUUAUCAAACAUGAACAAGCUGUUAUUUAUUGGUUUAGAAGUAAUUUUAAGUGCAAGCUUUGUUGUCGGAGAAAACAAUAAAACCUUUCCAGAUAAUUUUAUGUUCGGAGUAGCUACAUCAGCGUACCAGGUAGAAGGUGGAUGGGACGAAGAUGGGAAAGGAGAAACAAUAUGGGACUAUUUAGUUCACCAUAAACCCACUUACGUAGUCAAUAAUAACACUGGUGACAUAGCGUGCGAUUCUUACCAUAAAUAUGCUGAAGAUGUAGCACUUGCUGCUGACCUAGGAAUAAGGCACUACAAGUUUUCCAUAUCGUGGUCAAG